AUGACAGAGCCAUUGUGCCCGUUUCUGAGGUUGAAAGAGCUCAAAAUGUCUCAGGCUGAAAAAAUUAAGCAGGGUCAGUUCACCAACCCAGAGACGCCAGGGUAUGUGGGCUUUGCCAACCUGCCCAACCAGGUGCACCGCAAGUCAGUCAAAAAGGGCUUUGAGUUCACCCUUAUGGUAGUCGGGGAAUCUGGUCUGGGGAAGUCCACCCUCAUCAAUAGCCUGUUCUUACGGACCUCUACCCAGAGAGUGAUCCCUGGAGCAGCAGAGAAGAUUGAGCGCACGGUUCAGAUCGAGGCGUCUACGGUUGAGAUCGAGGAGAGAGGGGUGAAGCUCCGCCUCACCGUGGUGGACACACCCGGAUACGGCGACGCCAUCAACAGCCAGGACUGUUUCAGCACCAUCAUCGCCUACAUCGAUGACCAGUUUGAGCGCUACCUCCACGACGAGAGCGGUCUGAACCGACGGCACAUCGUGGACAACCGUGUUCACUGCUGCUUCUACUUCAUCUCGCUAGGCCAUGGGCUGAAGCCUCUGGAUGUACAGUUCAUGAAGGCCAUCCACAACAAAGUCAACGUGGUUCCUGUCAUCGCCAAGGCCGACACACUCACCCUGAGAGAGAGGGAGAGGCUCAAGCGCAGGAUUCUGGAUGAGAUUGACGAGCACGGCAUCAAGAUCUACCACCUCCCCGACGCAGAGUCUGACGAGGACGAAGACUUCAAGGAGCAGACAAGGAUUCUCAAAGCCAGUAUUCCCUUUGCGGUGGUGGGCUCCAACCAGCAGAUUGAGGCCAAGGGGAAGAAGGUGCGGGGUCGCCUGUAUCCCUGGGGCGUGGUGGAGGUGGAGAACCCCGAGCACAACGACUUCCUCAAGCUGCGCACCAUGCUCAUCACCCACAUGCAGGACCUGCAGGAGGUGACCCAGGACCUGCACUACGAGAACUUCCGCUCAGAGCGCCUCAAACGAGGCGGCAGGUUGUCCUCCCAUGGUUACGUUCUGCCUCUGUCUCCUGCGAAGGGACCGGAGCCGGAGGAAAUGGAUAAGGACAUGAUCCUGCAGGAGAAGGAGGCUGAGCUGAGGAGAAUGCAGGAGAUGAUUACCAAGAUGCAGGCCCAGAUGCAGAUUAAGCCUGAUGGAGCGGGAGACGGCCAGCAUGUGUGAAACCCACCACGGUUUUCAAGCUGUUAUUUGAGCUUGACCAGAGAUGGAUGGAGGGAUUGCAGGAGAGAAGGGUGCGAAAACAAGAGAAAGAUAACUGGUCCUCAUACUGCUUGCCACUAUAUUUAGUUUAUUUCACUCCUACUUGGGAUGAUUUUGAGUUUUCUUUUAUUUUUUCUUUAUUUUUAUAUAAGCAGUAUUACAUUUUUAUAUUUACACACAUUUUCUUUCUAAUAUUCCAUAUUGCUCAUUAUUCAUUUGUUCCAUUCUAUUGGAAUGGACCAUGCCAGUUAGUCACCAAAUGAAGAAGAACUCCUUUAACCAGGGGAAUGCUUUUAUUAUAGAGACAUAGUUUUUUUUUUUUGCUGUUGAGAAAGCCAAAAGCUGCUGCUUUUCAGUACUGUCAUAGCCAAGGCUUUCCACUCGGCCUCUGCUAAAAUCGCUCAUUAACGGUCGAUCAUGUUAGUUACUGUGGCUCCGCGUUACGAGUGGGAAAGACCAACUUAUUGUGAAAGUUAGCAGCUCUCUUCUGUCUUUCGUGGAGCCAUACAGUUAAAACUGUACAUUUUUUUUCUCUAAUGGUUGUCAUGCCAAUGUUGGAGGAUUCUUUAAAGAUUGUGUAUUGUUUAAAGAUAUUGUUUAAACAGUCUUUGAAAAGCAGCAAAAAUAUGUUUCCUUAUAUUGCUAGGAUUCAUUGACCGUGUUCUUUCUCCUACUCCCUUGCACACAGCUCUUUCCCCUGUCUGAAGUGGUGUUGUGUUGAAACGACUGGUUAUGACUGAAAUACAUGACACUGUGACCUUCCCAGUCAUCCUGUAGCCCUGAACCAAUGAAGGAGACAUACCUUGGUGUUUUUUACUGUAUGUGCCUAUAUGAAUACUGGACCUGUAAAGUGUCUCAGAGUAGGAGCACUGAUCUAGGAUCAGUUUAGCCUUUUAGAUCAUAAUGAAUGUGGUUAUAUAGACUGGGGACCUGAUCCUAGAUCACCACUCCUACUCUGAGACACUUUAUGUCCCCAGGUUUUAACAUAUUGCAAAGUGAAUUGAUGUUUGAGGUGAAAGUCCUAGCGAACUAAAAGUCAAUUGAAUUACUGUGCUGUUCGGACUUAUGCUUUUCCUCGUGGUCCCCCGUGAUAUUGAUGAUUUGUUGAAUGAAGUGCAUCCAGUCUGAUGUGGAGGUCGUGCUGUAAAGCCCAUGCUGUACUUGGUGUAAUAUGAUAUCCAUAGCCUUCUAUUCUUUAUGGCUGAGUGUCAAUGGAUUAAGACUGAAAAGUGACUGAUGUUGGACAGGUCUAGUUACAGUUGCUGUGACCGCUGGCCUUGUCACUAUCCUACGCAAGCCAAGUCAGAGUUAACAUUCCAAUUUCUGCUGUUUUAUCCAAUAACUAUCAAAUAAAACCCUUGACGUAUGCUAUCUUGUAAUAAAGUUUUUAUUAAAGCUA